AGGCGGAAGUGGAAGUUCUGUCGUCAAGAAGAAAAACAACCACGACGACACGUCAUUUUAUAUUUGGUGAGGAUUUUCGUGUUAGCAGUAUGAAUAGUCACAAGACAAAGAUGGCAUCAAGCAGUACAAGCAGCGAGGAGGAGCGGAACCUCAAAGAGUGUGAGCAGUAUGUCCAGAAGCAUAACAUCCAGCAGCUGCUCAAGGACUGCAUCAUCCAGCUGUGUACAUCCCGGCCCGAGCGGCCCAUGGCUUUCCUCAGAGAACUCUUUGAAAGACUGGAGAAGGAGGAGGCCCAACAGAUGGCUUCACAGCAGAAGUCCGGCUCAUGGUCAGACUCCCGUGAGGAUGAAGUAUCUCCACCCAUGAACCCUGUGGUGAGGGGUCGCAGCCGGAGAGGAGCCAUCAGUGCUGAGGUGUACACUGAGGAAGACGCUGCCUCCUAUGUCAGAAAGGUUAUCCCAAAAGACUAUAAGACUAUGGCUGCCCUGGCCAAAGCCAUGGAGAGGAACGUGCUGUUUGCCCAUCUGGAUGACAACGAGAGGAGUGACAUUUUUGACGCAAUGUUUUCUGUCAACUACAUUGCUGGAGAAACUGUCAUCCAACAAGGUGAUGAGGGAGACAAUUUCUACGUUAUCGAUCAGGGAGAGAUGGACGUAUAUGUGAACAAUGAAUGGGUGACCAGUAUUGGUGAGGGAGGUAGUUUUGGAGAGCUGGCUCUGAUUUAUGGAACCCCCCGUGCAGCUACAGUCCGGGCCAAGUCCAAUGUCAAGCUGUGGGGCAUCGACAGAGACAGCUACAGGAGAAUACUGAUGGGGAGCACUUUGAGAAAGCGCAAGAUGUACGAAGAGUUCCUCAGCAAGGUGUCCAUUUUAGAGUCUCUGGACAAAUGGGAGCGUUUGACGGUGGCUGAUGCUUUGGAGACGGUGCAGUUUGAGGAUGGGCAGAAAAUUGUGGUGCAGGGAGAGCCUGGCGAUGAGUUCUUCAUCAUCCUGGAGGGGACAGCAGCGGUGCUUCAGAGGCGGUCAGAGGAUGAGGAGUUUGUGGAGGUUGGCAGACUCGGGCCGUCAGAUUACUUUGGUGAGAUUGCUCUGCUGAUGAACCGGCCCCGUGCUGCAACUGUUGUUGCAUGUGGACCCCUAAAGUGUGUCAAAUUAGACCGGCCGCGGUUUGAGCGGGUCCUGGGUCCCUGCUCUGACAUCCUGAAGAGAAACAUUGAGCAGUACAACAGCUUUGUUUCCCUCUCUGUCUGAGUUUGUCAGUGCUCAGACCCCCUCUCCUCUACUGCAGGGUCCACCAGCGCACAUCUGCUUUAUUUUCCUACUUCUACUCCUUUUGACAUAUGUAACCACACCCACGUGCCCCCCCAAACAUCUGUUACUCUUUUUUUAUUUCCUAUUUAUUGUAUUUUUUGUGUGUGUACUCAGAAGAUUUUUCUGUGAAGGGAAGAGUUUUUGAGGUCAUUGUUGGUGAGUGUUGCUACAUGACCUGAAGCUGUAAUCCCAAUACCAAAUACAUUUCUGCAUACACUUUAAAUAUAUAACUAAAAUGAAUCAAAUCCCCGGCUAACUGUGCCUUCACACUGUGAUCACAAAGUUAUAAAAGUACUUGGAGUUGAUCACAACAGGACAUGUCUAUGUACAUUUUGAAAUAUUGUAAGAUGACCAAUUCCACAGUCUGAUGAAAGAUGAUAGCACUGACACCACUGAAAUAUCUCUGCAACAGUUACAGAAAGUUGCUAUAAAAUUGGUCAUUAAUGUUCCCCUCAGGAUGAAUUGUAGCAGUGAUCCUCUGAUUUCUCAUCUACCACCAUCAUCAGGUUUGGUUUAUGACCAAAUACCAGCAAAACUGAUGACAUUCCCAUCAGGCUCGGCUGAACUUUACGUUUUUUUACUAAUUAGCAACUGUUAGCAUGCUAACACACUAAAGUAAGAUGGGGAACAUGAUAAACAUGAUACCUGAUAAACAUCAGCACGUUAGCACACUAGCAUGGCUGUAGACUGAUUUUGAAAAAAUUCAUUUAUUUCUAUCUGUUUUGGUGUAUCUUGCAGAGCCUUGACAUUGAGUUUCUUACUUUUGCUGCAUCUUGUCACAUAGUUUGACAGAAGUAACAGCCACACAUCCACAGUAUGGAGGGUGUUUUUACCUAGGAAGAAAAAUUAGAAAAAAAAAAGUAUUUUCAAUUAAGCUUAACCACUUACGUCAUUUGUCACCCUCUGCUUUGUGGUUUUAACUCAUUGCUAAUUACAAAUGCAGCUUUCAUUUCAGCUUUUCUGUUCAACAUGUGAGGUUGUUUCUUUUCACUGAGCAAUUUUAGAUUCAUGCGUGCAUUUUUGUAUGCCUUGUUAGUUUUUAACAUUGAAUUGAUAGUAGAAUGAAUACGAAGAAUGAUAUAUUCAGUAACAUUUAGGUUUUCUUCUGCUUUGAUUACCUUUGUAGGUGAACUUCUCCAUAUUUAGUUUGUAGUCUGUGUUAAAGGGAAAAUGUCCAGGGAUCCCUUUAACUGCACAUAUCACAUGCUCUUACAUUGUUGUGUUUACGGCUCUGCUACAAAUCUGUAUAUUAAUCUAUAUAUUAAGAGUAAAUAACUAUAUUUUUUGCACAUUUUGUGAUAAACAAAACAAUAUAAUCAGAGAGAAGAUGUUUAUAUGCUGCUCACUGUUUAGUGUACAUCUGAUCCUGUCAUUUAGAGGGAGUGCAGGUCAAUAGGUCAAAAAGGGGGGACCUCUCACAAGGUCAGACAGCUAGUUAGAUGAGAGCUUUAGGUAAUUCAUCUAUUUGUCAUCCAUGACAGCUUCAUCUGAGGAGUUUCUGUCAACAAAGCUGGGGCCAAAUAUCAUCUGAGAUUUUCCAUAAUUCAAAGUCUCAAUCAGGGAAAUAAUGAAGGAGUUAAAAGGACAUUAAUGGGCUUUGUGAUCAUAUAUACUUUUAAAAAUCCAGUACUGACAAAUACACUGCUGUUUAAUGUAACAUAUUCAGAAGCAUGGAUCAGUUGAAAGAGUGGACUUCAACCUGUUACUUUGAGACAGAUUUUGAAGAAGAGUUGCCUUUAUACAGACAGAUAUCCUGAGUCUUACUCCUAAGUAUAGGAUAGCAUAGCAUAGCAUAGAAUAGGAAGCUCUAUAAACAAUGGAUCCUGUAUUUCCCAUAAUGCAGUAUCAUCUUGAUAAUCCACGGUUCCUGCUGAGCACCCAGAGCUUUUAAAACACCAUGCCUCUGAGUACCAAUGUCAAAUCUAUUUUAUUUCAAUACCUUGCUUUUGGGUUCUGUCAACUGUUAAACAUUGUAUCAACAGGUACAGCUUUAUGGGAACUUUGCCUAAAAUUUGAUACAGUUUGAUUUUAGCUUCAAUCAGAAACUGUCUAAUCAAAGAAAAAGUAAAGAGGAGGAUGAGGUUUUGAUGUGUCCUUGGGGUACUUAGAUUAAAAAGGUCCUGAGGUUUGAUACCUACCCUUAUCCAUCAGUUUUACAAAUUUGCAGGUAGUCCACAAGUAAGCUUGCAGUGUUGUGUUACACCUUCUCAUACAGUAUUUUCCUACAUUCAUCCGUAUUAGGUCAUUACUGUAGCCAGUGCAGACAUUUCCCAUUUAUUUUAGGCUUUCAGUGUAUUCAUUUGUUUGAUGUGCUUUUCUGAUUAACAUGCAUCAACACACACUGUGUUAAAUGUUUUUCAAAGAUGUCUUAACUCAGUAGUGAUGCAUCCAUCUGCCAUAUACAGUAUGGUGCAGUUUGCCUUGGUACUGUAUUUUUAUUUUUUUUUUCCAAGCUGUGUUUUGUUAAACUCACAGUAUUUCUCAUUCAUUAGAUGGUCAAGAGCUGAGACAGGAGUGUGAAUAUGUAGCACUGGCUUCAUUCAGAAACCUGGAUUGUUGUUUAUUUUCAGCCUUGGUUCCACAGCUCAGUGUGCUCUGCUCUGUCAGACCGUCUGUGUUUGUAAACCUGAGAACACAGAGGCCUCACAGUGACUCUCUCCAGAGGACCAUUCUUUUCUACUGUUUUUAUGCCUUUCCUCAGAUGGAUUGGAGUGUCUGUGCAUAAAUGUGUUUUGGAUUUCUCUGUAGGACUUUCUUACAGCAAGUCAAGCAAUAAAGAGAUCAGUGUUUUCA